UAUAUAUAUAUACACACACACACACACACACACACGCACAUAUAUGUGCUGUAGUCAGCUGCAGCGCGGGGGCGGCACACGGCAUUAGAAGGCGCCGGAAGUGUCCGUGUCGAGGGGCGGCGGGAGAGGGGCCACCAAGGCAAGCCAGUCAGCGGAGCUGGGCGCAGCGGCGAGACGCGAGUCCGCCGCUUCCCGAGUCCCCGGCCCAGCCGGGCUUUUCUCUUCGGCCAGACAUGGACUUCAGGGAAAUCCUGCUGAUCGCUUCCAAAGGACAAGGUGUCAACCAUGUACCGAAAAGAUACAUUGUAUCAAUGGGGCCUCCCAAGAAAGACCCAAAAGUAAAAGGUGUCCAGUCGGCAGCUGUGCAAGCUUUCCUUAGGAGGAAAGAAGAAGAGCUUAGACGGAAAGCCUUAGAAGAGAGAAGGAGGAAGGAAGAACUAGUGAGAAAACGAAUUGAGCUCAAACAUGACAAGAAAGCCAGAGCUAUGGCCAAGAGGACAAAGGACAAUUUUCAUGGCUACGAUGGGAUUCCUGUGGAGGAAAAGACAAAGAAGAGGCAGAUAGCAGAAAGCCGCCAGAACCAGGGGACUGACCCAGAGUAUGAGGUGGAGGAGGAAGAGUUCCUAGACUACAGUCAGGAUGAGUUGGAGCAGGACUUCGAGGAGGAGCAAGAGCCUCUCAAAGCUGAAAGCAAACCAAAGGUCCCCUUUAAAAGUGCCCCUCCACCCAUGAACUUCACUGACUUGCUGAGGUUAGCUGAGAAGAAGCAGUUCGAACCAGUGGAGAUCAAGGUAGCGAGGAAAGCCGAGGAGCGGCCCAUGACUGCAGAGGAACUCAGGGAGCGAGAGUUUCUUGAACGAAAGCAUAAGAAAAAGAAACCUGAGACCGACGCCAAACUACCUCCACCCGUGUCCAAAAGGACCCCCUCUCACAGAGACAGUGUGGGCACAAAACCCAGCAAGGGUUCUGGGGACAGGCAGUCUACUUCCAAAGGAUUGCUGUCUCCUCAUGCUGAGAAGAAACCCAGACCCAGCACAGCCAGUGAAAAGCAAGUAGCUUUGUCUUCAUCCAAAUCCAUGCCAGGAGAGAGAACCAAGGCAGGAUCUGGCAGUAGCUCCCAGGCCUCACACAAUAGACCUGUCUUUAAUGGGGCUGGAAAGCCCCACCCUAGCACCUGUUCCCCAAGUGUCCCAAAGACUGCUGCUAGUGGGACUCAGAAACCUGCUUCUGAGCACAAAGCCAAAAAACCUCUUCCUUCUCAUCCCAGCCAUUCCAAACCUGGGCCCACAGUCUUCUCACACUGCAAAGCUAAGAGUCCAGGUAUCAGACAGUCAGGCAGCAACACCGACUCAGCUUCUGGACGACCCAGCCCAGGGACAGCUCGGCCCACAGUUAGUUCUGGCGCUAUGCCCAGGCGCCAGAAUGGUAGCUCCAGCUCAGGACCCGAGCAAUCUGUCAGUGGGAUCAGAAAGCUGGCCAGCAAUCCGCAUCCCUCUGGACGAACAGUCAAUGGCACAAAUGGUCCCGGACGACCUGCCAGCAGCUCCACUGGCCCUGGGCGACCCAUCAGUGGCCCCGGUGGUUCUGGAAGACCUUUGAGCAGUUCUGGAUGUCCUAGGCGGCCUGUAAACAGUCCACAUGACAUUCGACGACCAGUGAGCAACCAAGGUCCCCCUGGGCGGUCGGUCGGUGGCCCUGGGAAGUCUAUAAGUGGUUCCGUUCCAGCUGGACGGACUGUCAGUUCAGGCACUGGAAGACCAGUGAGCAGCUUAGGACCUGGACGAACAGUUGGUAGCCCAGGCGUCCCCAUAAAACCCAAGUGUACUGUUGUCUCAGAAACAAUUUCUUCAAAGAAUAUUAUUAGUCGGUCAAGCAAUGGACAGAUAAAUGGAAUGAAGCCUCCCAUGUCUGGCUACAGAUCUGCCCCAGGUCCUCAAAGGCUCCCCUUCCCGACUGGCUACAAAAGACCUCGAGAGUAUGAAGAUGAUGAUGAUGAUGAUGAAUAUGACUCAGAAAUGGAUGAUUUCAUCGAAGAUGAAGGAGAACCUCUGGAAGAAAUAUCCAAGCACAUUCGGGAAAUCUUUGGCUAUGACCGAAAAAAAUAUAAAGAUGAAAGUGACUAUGCCUUACGUUACAUGGAGAGCAGCUGGAAGGAGCAGCAGAAGGAGGAAGCCAAGAGUUUAAGACUAGGUAUGCAAGAGGACUUAGAGGAAAUGAGACGUGAAGAAGAAGAAAUGAAGCGUCGAAAGGCCAAGAAGCUGAAGCGACGUUAGCUGCUGCUGAAUGUGUGGAUCUGGGACCCUGCUGCAAGGAUUCCUGCCUUCAGACUGAGCAAGCCCUUACCCUUUAGAUCGACACCCGGACACUCAGGAAGGAAUGCAUACUGUCCUGUCAUCUGAGUGUACAGUGUUCUCAGACAGUCCAGGGUGGGAUCUGUAAUGCAGAUGAUACGAUGCUUGCCGUGUGCUCUGAUGACGUUAACGAUUCACAGGUGCCGGCUUGAUCAUGAUGAGCUAUGCACGCUACUGUGGGGCCACUGACCAGUCAGCUGGUCUUUUAUUGUUCCUUUGCUACUUUAAAAGGAGAAAAAGAUUGAUGUGUGAGUGGGGCGCUGCCCAGAUCUCAGUCAUACUUGUCUGUAGGAAGGGCCUCGCACUUCUGUGGAUGCUGCCAGCAAUAAAGUGACCUGUCCCAGUCUAUGAAUUGGAAACCCAGGAAAGAGUAGGCUUUAUAAUAUUACAUGAAUGUCACCCUUGUGACUUUGACAUACAAAAUAGAAUUAUAUUGUAUUCAGCAUUAUUUGUAGAUUGGAUGCUAAGCAUUCUUAAUUUGUAUGAUUAGGUGAUAAAAUUUUUCUAAGUUAAAAUAUAAAUUUUUCCAGAAUAAGAAAUAGUCUUUUCUAGUUUUCCUUUCAGGCUUCUUGUCACACUGACCUUAGUAUGAAGUAGAUGAGGCCCUUACUAUUCUGUUGGUUGUUUUGUUUCUUUGUCUUCUUUUCUUUCUUCCUUUUAUUAAAGAAAGAUGGCUAUUUGGAUAUUAGAUUUGAAAGAGUAAUGGUUUAAAAAAUCAGCAAGUGACAUGUGUUGUGCCCUCUGCUCUACUCCCCACUCAGAAAGCUAUUCUGGGACCCUAAGGUGCCCCGUACCUCUUGAUGUUAAUAACAUUGCAUUUGUAGCUUAAAUUUUUUAGAAAUGUUAAUGACCAAAAAAACCAGAAACUAAGUAUUUAGUGUAUCAAGAAGAGUACCGCCUUCUCCUUUGUCCGUAUUGCACUUUGAUUUCUAACUAUGCACUGUGGUGAAAGUUUUUCCUGUUGUUGGUGAUUAACUGAGCUGUGAAGCUUCUAUCCUUCUCAAAAGUCAGGCCUACAGACUUUCUGUCACUUAAGCCUAGAGUCCAUCCGGGCUGAUCUAGGGUCUGGCUGGAAGGAAGCCAUGUCUCAAGGAUAGUCAGCAACAGAGAAAGAGAUAGGAUGCUAGAGACCCGAGGGUUGGAAGCAGAAUUUGGUCUGUGGGGCAAUUCCACAGUGAAUCUGGCUUCUUUAGCUUUUAAGCCAUGAGGGAUGGGGUGCUGGAGAGGCUGGUUUACAAAGAGCUCUUGCUUUUCGACAGGUCCAGACUUUAUGUCUUUGUCUAUGAUGUCUUCAUUCUCUAAGCUUGAAUAUUAUGAGUGAUCAUUUUUAGCCUUCCUUUGUGGGACCAUUGACCCAGUCCUUAAAACUUACUCAUUUUGAAUUGAGUUUCAAACUCAAUUCAAAAGUGCAAGGAUUAAAUUUUAGAUGGUAUAUGACAUCCUAACUCACCAUGUAAAUUUGGU